AUAAGAGUCAGAAACACCUGCUGCCACUCAGUUUGAGCUCAGAGGAGAGGGCCGGUCGCCAGAAGGAACAGGCAGAGAUGGCUGCAACGACUGCUCAGGCGAUGGGGAGCCUGCCCAGCGGACUGGGGAUCUGCGUCACGGCCCCGGAUAUAUUUUACCUGCCUGAACUGGUGUUCGGUGGUCUGGUGUGGAUCCUGGUGGCGUCGACCCGCGUGGACCCCCCGAUGCCUCUGGGCUGGGUGAUGUUUGUCUCUGUCUUCUGCUUCGUCAUGACUUUCCUCUGGAUGGUCAUCUUCGCAGCUGGAGGUCAUAAGAACAGCUCCGGCUGGGCUGCUGCUGACUACGCUUACCACGGCCUGGCAGCGUUCUUCUACCUCAGUGCAGGCGUGGUUUUGGCUUAUAUCACCUUCCGGGCCAAACCAGUUUCGGGCGUAACAAAAAACUACCAGAUUGACAUCGCUGCUGUGGUGUUUGCCUUCCUGGCCACAUUCCUCUACUUCAUCCACACCAUCCUUUCCUCCAUCCGAUGGAAAAACUUCUGAAGAGCGACGCUGAUUCGAAGAUGUGUGUAUGUGUGUCUGUGUCUGUGUGUGUGUGUGUGGUGGAAUUACCCACAAAUUACAAAAUUGUACUGGUCGGAUUCAUUGUGGUUUUAUGUUCGUUGAAAGUUGAGCAGAUGUAGAUUUGUGAAGAAGAACCAUAAGAUAAAAUGAAAGCAUUAAUAAUGAAAGUGAAUGAAGAGUUGUACCCUGUAAUCAUGUUCUUAUGAAAACUGUCAUUUUUUUUUACGCAUGAGGUCAAUAUGAAAAAAACAAAACAAUCACGAAACACACAAAAGAAAAGAUCAUUGUCAGCGAUGAGCAGAGUUAUGUCAUGUGAAGUAAAUUAAUUGCGGUGUUGUCAGAAAGAAGUUCCUGAUCAAUAAACAAACGCGAGUUCACCUGUAGCUUGAUGGAGAUGUGAUGAACUGAAUAAAUUGGAAAGUGAAGUUAUGAAUUUAAAGGAACAGUUCAACAUUUUGGAAAUAUGUUGGAUAUAUUAGCUUCUUUUGGGAGAGUUAGAUGAGAAAUUUGAGAACACUCUCGCAUCCUUCCCUAAAAUAUGAGGCUACAGCCAGCUGAUGGUUAUUUUAGCUUAGCUUAGUUUAGCUUAGCUUAGCUUAGCUUAGCUUAGUUUAUCUUAGCUUAGCUUAGCUAAGCUUAACUUAUCUUAGCUUACCGUGAUGACCAGAAACACAGUUGUGAUUAGAUGGAGAGAUGUUAAAAAUGCUUCUCGUUGAUUUUUAGAUUUUCGACAACUGCUGCAAUCAUUUUUUUUUGUUAGGUUUUUUAAAAUUUCUUUACAAUGUAGAAUUAAUGCCAUAAAUCAUCAGUACAUGAAUGACAGUGAACUCUAUGUUUUAGGUUUAAGACCUCUGUUGAGAAUUUGUGUAGUGUUGCCAUUUUUUUUAUCACAAUAUUAA